CAGGAAAUUUUGCCCAGCCCCGCUUCACUCUAGAGAAGGGUCCUUGGACAGCCUCAAAGAUGCCAGUUUCCGCUCGCAAGCCUGGAUAUAUUCAACGCCGAUUAUUCAAAUUCAGUCAGCAAGCUACUAAAUAAACGAUGCCUGCUAUCGGUCCUUUGUCUGAGAAGCCUGAGGCGCCUCAGCAAUACAAGCAGCCCUCCCGAAAAGGCAAAAAGGCAUGGAGAAAACAUGUCGAUGUUUCAGAAGUAGAGAAGGGUCUUGAAAAGCGCAACGAGGAGAUUAUCCAGGGUGGUGUUUACAAAGAGCGACCGUCAGAAUCGCUCUUCACUGUCGAUGUGGUCGGAGAUUCUGCUAUACCCAAAAAGCACCCCAAGCAUAUCAAGAAGACUCUAAGGGCAGACGAGAUCAUCGCAGCACGCUCAGCAGUUCCUGCCGUGUCUUCCAGGAAACGAGCCGCCGAUAGCAAAACGACGGACGGCGUCCUCCCGGUAAAGCGGAUUCGCAAGGACUUUGUGGCGCAGAAGGAACUCCACCGCCUGCGCAAGGUCGCAGAUGGCCAUCACGAGUCUACAAUCACACUUGCCGAUGCUAGCUACGAUGUCUGGGCGGAGACAGAGCCAGAGGAAGGCCCGGUCGUCUUGAAGACUGGCGAUAAACUCGAGUUCGUGUCUAAGCCGGUCAAGGCAAAAGCCCCAGAGACGUUGAGGCACCAACCCAUAAGCUUAGCCGCCAACGGCAAGCCUGUGCCUGCCGUGCCGACUCCGGAAGGCUCCUACAGUUAUAACCCUCUCUUCACCGACUAUGUCGAGAGGUACAACGCGGAGGGUGCCAAGGCUGUGGAAGCAGAGAAGCAGAGACUGGCAGAGGAGGCGGCUGAGCAGUUGCGGGCCGAGGCUGUGGCGCGUUCAGCGGCAGAGGCAGAGGCCGCUGAGGCUCGGGCCGAUUUAUCAAAGUGGGAGGAGGACUCGGCAUGGGAAGGAUUCACGAGUGGCGGUGAGGAUUUGCCCGCCAAGUCCAAGCGACCGGAGCGGAAGACACAAGCUCAGCGCAACAGGAUAAAGCGCAGGAAAGAGGAAGAGCAGAGGCGGAAAGAGAAGGCUUCUCAAAAACUCAAGAACAUCCAGUCUGCCAAAAUCAAAGAGCUUGCUGCUGAGAUUGAGGAGCGGGAGGCUGCUGCCCUGGCGAAGGUCGAGAUGAGCGACGACAGCGACGUGGGAGAUGACAACGAGCUUAGACGCAGGCAGCUGGGCAAGUUCCGGCUGCCAGAGAAGGACCUGGAGCUUGUUCUGCCUGACGAGUUGCAAGACUCGUUGCGGCUACUCAAACCCGAGGGAAAUCUGCUCAAGGACAGGUAUCGCAGUUUGAUCGUCCGUGGCAAGAUGGAGGCCAGGAUGAAGCGGCCUUUCAGGAAGCAGGGCAAGUCAACGGUCACGGAGAAAUGGUCUUACAAGGACUUCAAAAUAUGAACGUUACUUGUUUCGUUAUUUAUUGAACGCUGCACUGGCGAAUAACACAAAAUUGUACUUUCAUACAUGAUCAGAAGGACUGCCUCAGGGCCUAAAACACAGACAUUUACUGCAAACCGGUAACAAAUGAAAUUGAUCGAAGAAAGAACAGAAAACACAAAGCAUAUCAGAUACUGAACCAAUUAUUGUUAUCUGGUGGAG